AUCUUUAAUGUUUGGGAUGGUUAAAAUUUGUUUGCUAGUAUGUGGUUGUUUUUAAGACGCUUCUGUGUGUUUAGACAAGAAGAAUGCAUGAAAACAGAAAUCAAGUUGAGCUAGGAUUGAAGCAUAUACAAUGAAAAAGGCUAAUAUACACAGGAUUGGAAUGAGUGACAAGGUACAGGACCUCCAGAUUGAAGGUGCUAUAAUCAGAUUUAGUCCGACUGACAAGGAGCUCAUCGAACUCUUCCUGAAGCCGAAGAUCACUGGGAAUGAUGAAGAUAUUUACUUUGUUCCUGAAGUUGAGUUUUAUAAACUGGAGCCCUGGGAUUUACAAUAUAAAUCUGGGAUAGAUACAAAGGACCAAGAGUGGUUCUUCUUUGCUGCACAGGGCCGGCAGCAUCAGAAAGGGAAGGGGAGGAAUAGGAAAACCGAGAAAGGGUACUGGAAAGUAACUGGUAAUGAUAGGGAAAUCAAGUCCGAAGGAAAGGUAAUUGGAAUGAAAAAAACUCUGGUCUUCCAUAUAGGUCGUUCUCGUAAAGGGACUAAGUGGGUAAUGCAUGAGUACCGCACAACCCUGAAGGACCUUGAUGGAACACACCCUGGUCAGAAGGCCUUUGUGCUUUGUCGUUUAUUCAAUAAUGAAGAAAAGAGUAACAAAGGUGGACCUGCAAAGUCUAAGCCAGCACUGGCUCCUGUAUCUCCUGCAUUGGAAGUGCAGGCUGAAAAGAGUAAUCAAUCUUGUUAUGCUGAAAUUUCUGAUCAAAUGAUGCCUGAUGCUACAGAACCUGUUCAGUGUAGCAAUCACAAAGACUAUCAUAAUGAAGAUGUUGCAGAAAAUCAAGUGGCAGAAGUGACAUCUUCGGAGGUUGAUUUUAAUAAGGAUAUGGAGCAUCUCUUGCAUAUGUUCUAUGUCCCGUCUGCAGAGGACUCCCCAUCAAGCUUAUGUCCCAACACUUCAGGUGUUUCAACUCCUAUCACUGUCAUAUCUUCUUGUGAAGCAAUGCAAUCUGAACCAACAUUGGCUCCAGCGCCACAAGCAUUUCCGGAGCAAGUUGAAAAGCAUCAGGUGGCAGAAGUCAAAGCUACAGAAUUCGAGCUGGAAAUGGAGGAAGCACACAAAAUGUUCUAUUCCCAUCCACCAGAGCCAUUAGAUUGCAACUUUUUCUCCCCAUCAACUUUAACCCCCGUUGCACCUGCUGUUUCAUUUCCUGCCGCAGAUAAAGCUUCUCUUGAAGAAGCACGGUCUAUGCCAGCACUAGCUUCAGUGUCUACAGAAUUAGGCAGUGAAGCUGACAAUUAUCCCACGAGUUUUCGACGUUUUCCUGCAGAAAAGUCUGGUGGAAUUAUAUCGAACACUAUAGCACCCAUUGAGUACAAUGGUUAUAACACUUAUGUUGGAAAGGAUAAAGUGGCAGAAGUAGCAUCUGAUGAGGUUGAUUUGCAGUUGGGUGUCUCAUCAGAGCCACUAGGUUGCAACAUGUUAUACCCAUUACACUCGCAGAUGCAAGAAGAGUUAGGUUCUUCUUGCAGCUCUUACCCUUUUCCCAAUUACUUAUACAGUGGUCAUUGGGGGGUACAUCACCAAUACGGCACGAAUGAGCCAGCUCCCAAUAUCUCCGAGUCCUGGGGUCUGACUCUUGGUAACUGUGGUGACUGCUUGCAUUACACGUCGUUUAGCAGUCAAAAUAAUCUUGCGUUUGAUAAUGAAACCCAGAUAAACAUGGUCUCCGCUAAGGACAAUCUUGCAGAUGCCAAUGCAAGGAUUGAGCUAGAGCAUCAAGAUUUGGUGUGGCUUGACGAGAUCAUCAAUCCAGAGGUUUCUUUGGGGUUGUUAAAAUCAGCAUCAUAUAUUGAAUCUGUUGGAAGGUCUUCGGAUCAGAUCAUAGGUUCAGAUUGAAGAUCAUAAAAUUUUACAAUUGAAAAGUGUCAAUGAUUUAGGUACAGAAAAUAUUAUUAGUAUUACUUCUAAACAGAGCUAAAAAUCAGAAGAACUAUUUAUCUUUCUGAGAAAGAACUUAUCAAAAGAAUAAGUCUUUUUCAGAAAGAGUAAAAAAAAAAUCAAUACUCUUUGAAGACAAAACUGUAAUUCAAAAGAAAGUUGGUCUUUCUUAGGGUAAGGUUUGGGCAGAGUGCGUCCUGUGCACUGGAUCCAAAACGGUGUGGGCACGUUACUGCAUCGAAUUGGGUGACCCAAGCCACUUAAAAUUUGCAAACAUUCUUCAAACUGUACUCAAAACAAUUCAAUAUUUUUCAACUCAAACAGACCUAAAGUCUUUUUCAAGUCAAACAAACUUAUGGUCUCUUACAAACCACAAACCCAUGAUCUUUUACAUUCAAAAGCCUAAGCCUCCUUUUACAACUCAAACAGACCUAGAAUCAUUGCUACUUGGGUUGUUGCUAUCUCACGGAUUUAGAUCCGUAGCUGUUGUACCAUGCAAUUACCAUUUGCUGUGACAUGCAAAAGUUAAGAUGGUAAAAGUUUCAAAAAUUGAAAUGAUAAAAGGUUAUUUUCUUUACCAUCUUAUUUUUUACAUCUCACAACCAAGUGGUAAUUGCAUGGUGAUCCAAAUCCCUCCCUUGCCUUGCCUCUAAAAAAAGUCCUUAUUUCAGCUCCAUGUUGAAUUUGAUGGUUCUUUAAAAGUACCCAAUCUAGGUUGGAACUUUAAUAAAUCCUGUGCUCCAAUUAGAAAAACUUCUAAUUGAGAUUUAAAUCAUUGAUGUUUUAUAUUUGUAGAAUUGUGAGAUUUAAGAUCCUGGUCGAGAUUUUUACAACCCCUGAACUCUGUUAUAGAGUGAAACAAGUACAAUUGAUUACUGUACUGUCAGUUCUGUGUAUAACGCAAUUUCUAUUUUAUAUUAGUGGGAUGUACGAAUAUAAAAUAGUGGUUCGAUUCACUCCCAUGUGAGAGUGGUGUGAUAUAUCUUGGUGAUAAAAAAUACCUUCUUCUGUAUAAUGUUGAGGAGCACUGGACAACUUUGGUGUUCUUACGGAGAGAACCUUACAAGUGCAAUACAAGUGCAUUACGUCCUCAACUGCUGGUGUUUUGAACCAAUUCUAUGUAUAUAUACUGAACUGAGCCAUUGUUUGGAAUUAGCAUAAGGAUUUGGAAACUUCAAAAUUGGACUAAGACUCUGUUAUCGAAAAAUUUGUGUACAGUGUGAUUUAUGUCCAACUGUACUGAUAAUUGUUUACUUUCUGCAGACAUGUCAUGAAAUGUACUCAUUAAUGCUUGGGAUGGUUA